AUGACAAUGCAGGGCCUUUCGCCGGUGGUUGCAGAAGGUGCUGAGACGAGCGAUUUGCAAUGUCCCAGCACAAGCAUCGAGGCGGUCGAGCGCUAUGAGCAUUUUGGAAUGUGGAUCGUGACUUUCACUUUGCUGGUCCUUUGGUUUCUUUUUGCAUACAUGGCAUGGUUUGCAUGGAGAAAAAUGCAAGACAACUUGAAUACGUACGGAGAGAAACUGGAAAAGGCGGAAUGGGAUUUGUACCACUGCUGGAACCAAGUUGGAGAUGAGGAUAACUAUAUUGCCCAACAAACUUCAAGGAUCGAUGGACUCCACAACCAGUUCAUGAUGAUGGAUGGACGUCUUACAGAAGCAAGCAAUGAGGAAAGAGCCAAUCUGGUAGCUUUGAAUACCAUGGGUUCAGGGCAAUAUCUUAACCUUGUGAGGCAAUGUGCGUUUGUGGAAGCUGGGGAGACAACUGACAUUCAAACGAGUGCAAACCAGAAUACCGAGGAAACAGCCGAGAGUGAGGAAGGCACGGAAGAUGAAAUCACAGCAGCGAGGCCUUUACAAAACCUUGACAUGGCGAGCAUGCUAGAGGAGUUGAAAAUAGAGGUCAAGAUAGCUCUUCAAAGGGAGGAACCACAGGAUGCAGGGAGACUUCAACACAUGAUGUUACAAAUGUUGGAGGAUAUCAGAAGUGGAGUGACAGAAGGUACGGUGCAAAACUACAGCACGAGGAUUGGAGAUCUGUUCUUCCAGUUGUCAGAAGUGGCAACGCGUCAGGACAGACUGCAAAGUAGCCUUUACUAUGGUCGAAGAUGCGCACAGUUCAGAGGAGAUGCAUGA